GUGGGUCACCCUCCUCUCAAUAAUGCAUUAUAAAAGCCUUGCUUUCCCUGCAGGUCAUCCCUACAAGUCAACCCAGGACCCCAGAUACCAUGGCUGCCCUUUGCAUCACCGUGGCUCUGCUGGUGUGGAUGGCCACCCUCCUGCUCAUAUCCCUCUGGAGGCAGAUACUCAGCAGCUGGAACCUGCCCCCGGGGCCCUUCCCACUGCCUAUUGUUGGGAACUUUUUCAGUGUGGAUUUGAAGGAUGUUCCUAAGUCCUUAAACAAGCUGGCAGAGCGCUUCGGGCCUGUCUUCACUCUGCACCUGGGUUUUAACCGUAUUGUGGUCCUGCAUGGCUACAAGGCCGUGAAGGAGGGGCUGUUGAAAUAUAAGAAUGAGUUCUCUGGCAGAGCAGAGAUCCCUGCCUUCAAGGAGUAUGAGAACAAGGGAAUUAUUUUCAACAAUUCUCACACCUGGAGGGAUGUCCGCCGGUUUUCCCUGAGCAUCCUCCGAGACUAUGGGAUGGGGAAACAGGGCAAUGAGGAGCGCAUCCAGAGGGAGGCUCGCUUCCUGGUGGAGGAGCUCAGGAAGACCCAGGGCCAGCCCUUUGACCCUACUUUUCUCAUUGGUUGUGCACCCUGCAACGUCAUCGCCGACAUCCUCUUCAACAGGCGUUUCGAUUAUAAUGACAAGACGGUUCAUAGGCUCAUGCGUUUGUUCAAUGAGGACUUCUACUUGCUUAGCACUCCUUGGCUCCAGGUUUAUAACAUUUCAUCGGGCUACCUACGCUUCCUGCCUGGAAGCCACAGAAAACUGCUUAAGAAUGUGUCUGAAAUAAAACAGUACACACUUGAAAAAGCCAAGGAACAUCUCCAGUCCGUGGAUCUCAACUGCCCCCGUGAUGUGACUGACUGCCUGCUGGUGGAAAUGGAGAAGGAAAAACAUAGCGAAGAGCCUGUGUACACACUGGAAAAUAUUUCUGUGACCUUGGCAGACCUGUUCUUUGCAGGGACAGAAACUACCAGUACCACUCUGAGAUAUGGGCUCCUGAUUCUAAUGAAAUACCCUGAGAUUGAAGAGAAACUUCAUGAAGAAAUUGACAGGGUUAUUGGGCCAAGUCGCGCCCCUGCCGUCAAAGACAGGCUGGAGAUGCCCUACAUGGAUGCUGUGGUGCAUGAGAUUCAGCGAUUCAUCAAUCUUAUACCCGCCAAUUUUCCCCAUGAGGCGACGCGGGACACCAUGUUCCGAGGAUACCGGAUUCCCAAGGGCACAAUUGUAAUUCCAACUCUGGAUUCACUUUUGUAUGACAGCCAAGAAUUUCCAGAACCAGAUAAAUUUAAGCCAGAGCACUUUUUGAAUGAAAAUGGGAAGUUCAAGUACAGCGACUAUUUUAAACCAUUUUCUGCAGGAAAACGAGUGUGUGUCGGAGAAGGCCUGGCCCGCAUGGAAUUGUUUCUGCUCCUGUCUGCUAUCCUGCAGCAUUUUAAUCUGAAGUCUCUGGUGGACCCCACGGCCAUUGACCUUACCCCGAUUGCAGUUGGUUUAGGCAGCAUCCCUCCACACUACAAACUGUGUGUCAUUCCUCGGUCAGACUGUGAACAAAUGUACCGCAGAGACCACUGUCUGGGCGACAGCCCACAGAGCCCCUCAGUGUCAGGAAGCUGGGCAGUGCAAGUGGAUGAAUUAGAUCAAAGGAAAUGCUUUCCAAAGUCGGUCUCCAUGCAGUGAAGCCAAGUGCAAGGUAGAUGUUGUGAAGCUAAACUGUGCAUCUGCUCCAGGCUGUGUUGAAAUCUGGUAGUUAAAUCUGGUAGCUAUGAAUCUGUCACUGUCACUGUAAGCUCAGUUUUUCUGAAAAAGUCAGUCUUCUAUCUCAUUCACUAGUCAGUUCCUAGAAAAAAUUAACAACAGAAAAUGGAUUCUCUAGGUUGGCAAAGGGAGAAGUCAUAUGGUUUUGGUAGGAUUUGGUAGUCCUGUCAAAAGCAAGUCACCUUGCUUUACAAUGAGGAAGCAAUUCCUUGGGCUUCACUGUUGACGACAUUCUCUCCUACAUUCUAAGGUCAAAUGUGCAUAAUAAUUCAAUACAGUCACUCCCUAUUAUAUAUUAAAUAUUAAAGUGUGACUUUGCAUUUGGGAAAA